AUGGGCGACUGGAGCUUCCUGGGGAGACUAUUAGAGAAUGCGCAGGAGCACUCCACGGUCAUCGGCAAGGUGUGGCUGACUGUGCUGUUCAUCUUCCGGAUCCUGGUGCUGGGCGCUGCUGCGGAGGAGGUUUGGGGAGAUGAGCAGUCAGACUUCACCUGCAACACGCAGCAGCCAGGCUGCGAGAACGUGUGCUACGACCAGGCCUUCCCCAUCUCCCACAUCCGCUUCUGGGUGUUGCAGAUCAUCUUCGUGUCCACACCCACCCUCAUCUACCUGGGACAUGUGCUGCACAUCGCGCGCGUGGAGGAAAAGAGGAAAGAAAGAGAGGAAGAGCUGCAGAAGGGGGGCGGCCUGUACCCCGGCGCCAAGGACCGGCCCCCGGCACUGGAUGAGCUGGGCAGAGUACGGAUCGCGGGGGCCCUGCUGCGGACUUACGUCUUCAACAUCGUCUUUAAGAUGCUGUUCGAGGUGGGUUUCAUCGCGGGCCAGUACUUUCUGUACGGCUUUAAGUUGAAGCCGCUGUACCGCUGUGCGCAAUGGCCCUGCCCCAACACGGUGGACUGCUUCAUUUCCAGGCCCACGGAGAAGACCAUAUUCAUCGUCUUCAUGCUGGCCGUGGCCUGCCUGUCCCUCUUUCUCAACCUGCUGGAGAUCUACCACCUGGGCUGGAAGAAGUUUAAGCAGGGGAUGACCAACCACUAUUGUCCAGAUGCCUCUGGGCUGGGGCAAAAAAACCCUGGGGGCAUCAGCCCUCUCAUCCUGCGCCCCCACUCAGCCCUGCCCUCCCACUCAGCCCUGCCCUCAGUCACUGUUGGAUUCCAGCCCUGCUCCACUUGCUCUGCCUCUUCCCUGGGACAGACAGCUUACCCGGGGGCCCCUCUGCCAGCAACAGACUUCAAAAUGGUAGCCCUGUCUGAGAUGCAUAGGAAGGGCCACCGGGCCAAGCUCUUCAGUGGCAGCCACUGCCUGCUGGCAACAGAACAGAGCCAGGCCAAACAAAAGGCCAAGCAGCAGGCUUCAACAAGAAGCAGCUCCCUGCUGGUGUCUACUCCUGCAGGCCUGACCCCUCCAGGCACCACCCAGCAGCCCCCUCGAGAGGGCAGAGCAGGAAGCAAAGUGCUCUUGGUCAGUGGGAAUGGCGGCAGCUCAGCAGACACACCUGAUGCAAGGGAACCAGCUGCUGCCACCAACAUAGAGCUGCACGGGCCCCCUCUGCUCCUCCUAGAUGCAGGACAGUCGAGCAAGGCAAGCAGCAACAGGGCCAGACCAAACGACUUGGCUAUCUAG